AUGCAGCGUGAGACUGCCUUCGUCAAGGCACACGCGAAGUCGAGCGACAAUGACCUAUCGACGAUAACAUUGGUGGCGGCCAGUGCAUGCCUGAUUUGGUAUGUGGUGGUUGCACUGGUCUGCACCAUUGGGUUCAUCCAAUUAUGGCGGCACUAUUCCAGUCCGCGAAGCCCAGCAACUGUAAACGAUGCCAGCCCUGAUAUUACCAUCAUUCGUCCGAUCAAAGGUCUCGAACCAUGUCUAUACGACUGUCUGGCCUCGACAUUCCGACAGAUAUACCCACGUCACAGGCUUCACGUACGCCUCUGCAUAGCGAGUCGAAAGGAGCCAUCUCUACCGAUACUCGAACGUCUGGUCCAGGACUUCCCAGAUCAUGACGCUCAGAUUCUGGUCGAGGAAGAGGAUAGCAUCUUGCAGAACGGAACUCUAAACCUUGGACCGAAUCCCAAGAUCCGCAAUAUGAGCCGAGCAUAUCGAGAGGCUAUUGGUGACCUGAUGUGGGUGAUUGAUUGCAAUGUCUGGGUUGCGAAGGGCACCCUGGGCAGAAUGGUUGCUCGGCUGGAGGGUAGUGGGUCAGGUCAGAAGUACAAGUUUGUGCAUCAGCUGCCGCUCGUGGUCGAUACGGAAGGUAGCACGCUGGCCGACGAGACGCAAGGCUUGCUUGAAAGCGCACGGGGCUCGACGACUACAGGUCCUGCUACCACUUUGCCUUCGCAAAACCGCACAGUCUCUGCGAUUGGCGGUGGACGGCUCGAGGAGAUGUUUCUGUCGUCAGCACAUCCGAAGUUCUACACCGCCAUCAACACAGUCUUGAUCGCACCUUGCAGUGUCGGCAAGAGUACCAUGUUUCGCAAGUCAAACCUGGAUAGCCUUACUUACGCUCAAGGCAUCGAUUACUUCAGCGAGAAUAUUUGCGAGGACCAUCUAAUCGGCGAUCUACUGUGGAAACAGCAGGUCCCCGAGGAGAAGGCAGGAGAGAAGUAUGGCAAGCAUGCUAUGCUUUUCGGCGACCUGGCUGUUCAGCCAAUGGCGAACAUGUCCGUGGCGGAGUACUGGCAGCGGAGAGUCAGAUGGUUGAGGGUGAGGAAGUUCACGGUCACUCUUGCGACAUUUGUGGAGCCCGGGACGGAGAGCUUUCUAUGCUCUUCCUACGGUGCUUUUGCUGUGACAACGCUAGCAUUCUUUAACGACCACUUCAGCAUCCCACAAACCUGGACAGGAUUCAUCCUGUUCUGGCUCAUGAGUGUCUCUAUCUGGUGUGCAAUGGACUGGAUUUUGUACCUGCAUUUGCAAUCAGGCAAGUCCAUUGCAGUAAACAAAGACACUCCUUUCUUCGCUCGACCAACUAAGAACGGCAGGAGACGACCCUUCAGCGCGUGGUUACUAGCAUGGGUUGGACGAGAGGCGCUGGCCUUGCCAAUCUGGACUUGGGCAUUCUGGGGCGGCACGCAAGUCGAGUGGCGAGGGAAGAGGUUCUGGGUUGGCAUGGAUAUGAAGGUGCAUGAGAUAGCUGAUGAGGGCCACGAUUCAAACGCGAUGAUAGCGACGAAUGGACAUGCUAAGAAGAGGUACGAUUGA